ACAGGAGGAGAGUCGCUGCCAUUGGCUCCCUACGACGUUAUAAAUACAGGCAAAUGGCAUUUACCAGCACAGAGCAAACGGAGACACCGGACAAGGCGGACAGAAGACGGGAGACGCUUCUGUUGUUUUAGCGUUACAUCUAACGACGAUUCACACACACACACACACACGCGCGCGCCGGAUUGGACUUUUACACUUAAUUCCAUUUCUGAAGUCAAUGAAGGAGAGACGCUCGUGUCAGAAACUAUCUCUGAAAUCCGGCAUGGAUCCCAGCCAGAGUGUGAAGUGUAAGAUAGUGGUGGUGGGAGACAGCCAGUGCGGGAAGACCGCCCUGCUUCACGUGUUCGCCAAGGACUGUUUCCCCGAGAGCUAUGUCCCCACGGUGUUCGAAAACUACACGGCCAGUUUUGAAAUCGACACGCAGAGGAUUGAGCUCAGUUUGUGGGACACCUCAGGAUCUCCGUACUACGACAAUGUGAGGCCUCUCUCCUACCCGGACUCAGAUGCUGUCCUCAUCUGUUUCGACAUCAGCCGCCCUGAAACACUCGACAGCGUACUGAAAAAGUGGAAAGGGGAGAUCCAGGAGUUUUGUCCCAACACCAAGAUGCUGCUGGUCGGCUGCAAGUCGGACCUGCGCACCGACCUGAACACGCUGGUGGAGCUUUCCAACCACAGACAGACACCAGUCUCUUACGACCAGGGUUCCAGCAUGGCCAAGCAGAUCUCGGCGCCCUACAUCGAGUGCUCGGCCCAGCAGUCGGAGAACAGCGUCCGGGACAUCUUCCACGUGGCCACGCUGGCCUGCAUCAACAAGAGCAACAAGAACGUCAAGCGCAGCAAGACCACCCGCGGCAACAAGAGGAUUUCACACAUGCCCAGCCGGCCCGACCUGGCGGCCGUGGCCUCGGACCUGCGGAAGGACAAAGCCAAAAGUUGCUCGGUCAUGUGACCGAUCAGACUUACGGGGAUCGGACUGAGAAUGAGGACGGGGCACCGUGCGAGCAGGAAGCUGUGGAUCGACGCUCUUUCCUGCAUGCUAAAGACCCCUUGUUUGUCCAGAAGGGGGUUUUCUAUGCUUCAAUUCAUGUUCAUGUUGCUGGAAUACUCUGCACCAGUGAAAACUCAAUGCGUAGCAUCCCCACCUCUGUGCCCCCACCCACAUCCCCACCCUGCCCAGCCAGACGAGGAAGCUAUCCGUCAGCGAUGCUACCUGCUCGGGGAAGUGACCCGCUUCCUCCGGGGAAGACAGAGCGGACGCGGUCGAGGCUUUCCACACCGACAGGAAAUGAGCAGCAGGAGUGAUGUCAUUAGGAGACACUCAUUUGUGAACGGAAGAAAGAGUUUAAAAGCAUGUGAUCGUUUGAAGAAGAGCCAAAGGCGUUGAU